AUGGCAGUUUUCAACAUCACCCACUCUAACCCUUCAACAUUCAUCCUAAUGGGCAUCCCUGGCCUGGAAGCUGCCCACAUCUGGAUUUCCAUCCCUUUUGCUGUAUUCUACAUUAUCGGCCUGUUGGGAAAUUUCACAGUUCUGUUUGUUGUAUACAAAGAGCAGGCUCUUCAUAAUCCAAUGUACCUGCUCCUCUGCAUGCUGGCGCUCACAGACAUCACCACACCUACUUUCGUCGUGCCAAAUGCACUGUGUAUAUUUUGGUUCAAUUUGAAAGGUAUUACUAUGGGCAGCUGCUUCACCCAGAUGUUUUUCCUUCACACUGUUUCUCUUAUGCACUCCGCCAUCCUCGUGACAAUGGCCUUCGAUCGCUACGUUGCAAUAUGUAACCCUCUCAGAUAUGCCACCAUCCUCACCAAUGCACGAAUAGCUAAUCUAGGGCUUGUGGGUUUGAUAAGAGCUGUUCUCUUCAUUCUGCCUCUGCCCCUGCUCCUGAGCCGGCAGCCAUUCUGUUCAAAUCGUAUUAUCCCCCACACUCAAUGUGAGCACAUAGCUGUGGCAAAGAUGUCAUGUGGGGAUAUUACAGUGAACAGGACAUACGGCUUGGUGCUAUUCUUUGUAGUCAUCAUGUCAGACCUGACGCUCAUUGCCCUGUCCUAUGGUCUGAUCAUGAGGGCCGUUCUCAGACUCUCCUCCAAGAAAGCCCACCAAAAAGCCCUCAACACCUGCACAGCCCACAUCUGUGUGAUGCUGAUGUAUUAUACUCCCAGCCUCUUUUCCAACCUGACAAACCGGUUCGGUCAGGGCAUUGCUCCCCACAUUCACAUCAUCUUGGCUGACCUCUAUCUCCUCAUCCCUCCCAUGCUCAACCCAAUCAUUUAUGGGGUCAAAUCCAAAGAGCUUCGUGACAAAGUGGGCAAAUACAUCUGCAGAAAGUGA